CCCCGCCCCGCCCCGGCGCAUGCGCGGCGGCGGCCCGGCAAGAUGGCGGAGCUGGAGGAGCCGAGGCGGCGGAUCCCGCUGGUGCCGGAGAACUUGCUGAAGAAGAGGAAGGCGUACUUGGCCAUCAAGGCCACCCAGGCCAAGCAGGCGCUGCUCAACAAACGCAAGCAGCAGAAGGGGAAACAGAUCCAGUUCAGACGCCUGGAGACCUUCGUUCGGGAUUCAUGGCGCAAACGCCGGGAUGACACCCGGCUGAGGCGCAUGGAGCAGAGGCCUGGGCAGGCAGCGGCACCUCAGGAGAGCAAACUGGCCUUCGUCGUGCGGAUUGUGGAUAUUAAGGGAGUGACUAAGAGGGUGAAAAGAGUGAUGGAGUUGCUGCGGCUGAGGAAGAAUUACACUGGGGUAUUCGUUAAGCUGAGCCCGCUGUCGCUGAAGAUGCUGCGGAUUGUGGAGCCUUACGUGGCGUGGGGGCAGCCUAACCUGAAAUCUGUACGAGAGCUGAUCCUGAAACGGGGCCAAGCCAAGAUCAAGAAAAAGAGGGUGCCUCUGACAGACAACAUGCUGAUAGAGCAACAUUUAGGGGGCUGUGGUAUUAUUUGCUUGGAAGACCUUAUUCAUGAAAUCUACUCAACUGGCAAGUAUUUCAAACGAGUCACCAGCUUUCUGUGGCCCUUCCAUCUGUCAGUGGCUCGCCACGCGUCGCGGAACAGAGUGGGUUUCCUCAAGGAGAUGGGCAAGCCUGGCUACAGAGGGGAAGCAAUCAACCAGCUCAUCCGUCAGCUCAACUAGUCAGGGUCUUUGUGAGAAACUUUAGGAUCUAUGACCUGUUCCUUAUCACAUGUACCUUUCACGGACAUUAUUUACAUGCAAUGAUCUACUACUUCUCUUGAUUGCUGGUCCCUCUAUAAAAGAAGAAAUACAGAGAUGAUGAUGGAGAUGGACUUCGGGCUGGGCCUUCUUAAAAAAGAAGAUCAUAAAUUCCAUUUGGUACAAGAAUGAGCUUCUUGGAGCAAUUUGACUUUUGCAUCUCUGUAAAAUGAGGGGUUUUUAUGCUCACUGUUGCAGACUUCACUCUUUGAAGUACACCUGCUUCUAGGGGUGAAGAGAUAGUGCAGUCACCACAAUUGUGCUGACAGGCAAAAGAAAACACCAGGUAUUCUUCUGUUUCUGCAGCCCUAGCAGUGAAUAAUGUAACUUUUUAAGUACCUAGAUUGUAUUUAUUUUAAAAAAAUAUGAUUUUUGUGCUCCUGGUUUA